AUGUCAUGGACCACACCGUUACCAACUCAACUCAUAUGGACACGGCUCUGGAUGCGGAUCUGUAGACGUCAGGAAGAGGGCAAGAGUCAGCAGAAAGCGAAUGUGUUUUUCCGGUCAGCUGAUCUUCCUCUGUUUCUUCUUGUCCACAAGUUUGUUCACUCUCUUGCCAGCAUUCAACUUUCCUCAAGUGAUAAAAGUGAUGAUUUCAAGAACAGAUAG